AGAAAAGAGAAGAGGGGAAAAAACCCCAAGUUUCAAAAAAAGAAAAAUAAAACAAAAAUAAGAUAAAAUCUUGGUCAUGGUGAUCCAAGAACGAUCCUUCCGUCCUCUGUACCCUUUGAACCUGUCUUCGUCUCCGCCUUCGUCUCUAACCUCCCUCCCUCCCUUUUGCACCAAAUUCGCGAUCUCUUUUCCGUGGAUGAGUUAAGAACACGGUAACAAAAAGCAAUCCGAUCCCAUCCAAUCCAAAUUUAGGAAAAUGAUCGUGCGGACCUACGGUCGCCGGACCCGCGACAUCAACCGCAGCUUCUCCGAUCCCGAAAGCCCGGACUUUAUAGAUUUUCCGCUGUCUCAGGAAAGCUCCCAAGAUCCUCUUGCCUUCAGUUUCGGCGCUGCUUUCUCAUCCCAAGACUCAGACUCCUCCGGCCAAGAUCCCACAAAGACGAAGGAGAAGAAAAAGAAGAAGCAGAUGUAUGAGCAGGGCGAGGAGGGGGAGGAUGUGGCUGCGCCAGCAGUUGCAGCGACUGCGACGCUGAUGGAGGCGCAGGAGUUUGGGGAGAUGAUGGAGCAUGUUGACGAGGUCAAUUUCGCCCUCGACGGGCUUCGACCAGGGCAGCCCACGAGGAUACGGAGGGCCAGCCUGCUAUCACUUCUAUCCAUUUGCGGAACGCCUCAGCAGAGGGUGCUUGUUAGGGCACAGGGGAUGGCCAAGAGAAUAGUUGAUUCCAUUUUAGGUCUAAACUUUGAUGACUUGCCAAGCACCCUUGCUGCUGCAACUCUUUUCUUUGUUUUGGCCAGCGAUGUUCAUGAUGAUCAUCUGCUGGAUUCUCCACCUUGCAUCCGUUUUCUUCUUGAGUUAUUGAAUCCACCAGUGACUGAUACUGUUGAGGGCAGGGCACCAACAAUUGGCUCUAAACUUCUAAGAAUGCGCAGGCCUCAAGUUGCAAGUGUUACAAACACAGGAACAGAUUCUAGCUCAAGAGUAAUCAUCUCAAAGGUUCAGGAAAUUCUUGUAAGUUGUAAAGAGAUAAAAUCAGGUGUUGGGGAUGAUGAAGGAAUGCAUAGGCCAGAGUUGAGCUCAAAAUGGAUAUCACUAUUGACUAUGGAGAAAGCAUGCCUAUCAACUGUCUCAUUUGAAGAGGCAUCUGAAUCUGUGAGGAAGGCCAGAGGAAACUUUAAAGAAAGGUUGAGAGAAUAUGGAGGACUUGAUGCAAUUUUUGAUGUUGUAAUCAGUUGCCAUUCAACGAUGGAGAGAUGGUUAAAAUGCAGAUCUUCUUCAGUUUCAGAAUUGAAAAAUGGAGCAAUUCUUGAAAGUGUGAUACUUCUUCUAAAGUGCUUAAAGAUAUUGGAAAAUGCAACAUUUCUGAGUAAAGAUAAUCAGGGCUAUUUGCUUGGCAUGAGGAAUAAAAUAGAUUCUGAAGGGCUGUCCAUGUCUUUUGUUGGAGUAGUUGUCAGUUCCAUUAAAUUUUUGUCAGAUCUUGCUCUUCUUAAAAGCCCUUUGAGCAUUUGCAACAAGGGGAAGUUGACAUGUCAUACAGAGAAUGUUGGCAUUCCCUUCAAUCAUGUUUCAGCUCAGUUUAAUGAAAGCAAAAGAGAUUUCUGCAUUUGCCGACCUUUCUCUUCAACUUGGCAGGCAGGUAAUGAGGUCUCCAAGGAGAGAAAUUUAACAUGUCAUAAACGCCAAAAGUUUUCUGCUUCUCCCUCGGAGUUAACUGAUUGUGGUUCAGAAGCGGUUGGUGUCUUUCGCAGCAAUAUUUAUUCUGGAAAUAGCAAAAUUGGGAGUAACGCAUCCAAAAUACAUGGCAGAACGUCAAGUGGUUCUAAUGGGGGAAAUGACAUGCAUACAAAUGGUUUAAAGGUCAAUAUAAGUGCUAAUGGUUUAAGGAUGAGUGUAAUUACCAGUGGUUUAAAGGGGAAGUCUGAUAAUUUUAGUAAGCAUGCACGUGGAUGGAUUUCCCUCAGAGCAAUUGGUUCAAAAACGGAUUCUUGUAUACAGUCAAAGAGAUCACAUAUGUCUGAAGAUACUAAGGAUGGACAUGCAACUGGUAGCUGUGAUCCAUUUGCAUUUGAUGAAGGUGAGUUUGAACCCUCAAAAUGGGAAACAUUGGCUAGAAAAAAGAGUACAUCUCGUCAGAGCACAGCAAACAAAAACCGUGUUAAGGGUUGUGAUGACUUCAGCAUGGAUAUAGACCAGAUGUUAAGUGAGUCAACUACAGUAGAUAGUCAUAAAUCAUGGGAAGAAGACUGUCCCUCAGUAUCCCCAGAAGAUUCUAACCUUGUAGAAGACUGCCUUCUGGCCGCGGUCAAGGUACUUAUGAAUUUGACGAAUGACAACCCUGUCGGCUGUCAACAGAUUGCUGCUUGUGGUGGACUGGACACAAUGGUUUCUUUGAUCGUCAAUAAUUUCCCAUCAUAUAACCUGAGCUUCCCUGUGAUUAGCCAAUUGAAGGAGGAUGUGUCAUCUUCUACCCAAAGUACUAGUUGUGGCAGUCUAAGUAAUAGACAUCUUACUGAUCAUAGUCUGGAUUUCCUUGUUGCGAUUUUGGGCUUGUUAGUGAACCUUGUGGAGAAGGACAGUCGAAACAGAUUGUGCCUUGCAUCAGCGCGAGUUUUAGUGGAGGGACCAGCAACAUUAGAGAUGCAAGAGAAGUACAUGGAUGUGAUUCCAUUGUUGUGCUCCAUAUUUUUAGCAAAUCAAGGAGCUGGGGACACCACUGAAGAGGGAAAGCUCUUACUUUGUGAUGAUGAAGCUUUGGUGCAAGGAGAACAAGAAGCUGAAAUGAUGAUUGUUGAGGCUUAUGCAGCUUUAUUACUUGCAUUUGUGUCGACUGAAAGUACUGAGGUGCGUGAAGCCAUUUCUAGCUACCUUCCAAACCACAACCUGGAAGCUCUUGUGCCUGUGUUGGAAAGAUUUGUGGCAUUUCACUUGCAGUUGAACAUGAUAUCACCUGAAACGCACGCAGCUGUUGUAAAAGUAAUUGAAUCUUGUAAAGGACCUUAAAAGGGAAUAAAAGCGCCUUUGCAGUGCUAUGGCCAUCUCUCACUUGAUGUACAUUUUCCCCAUGGCCAUGGAAUUUGCUAGCUGCUGUGCCUCUGGUAACUGACAACUAUGUAUAAUCUGAUUUUUGACAUUCUUCGUUCCUUUCUUCCUACAUUAUUCUGUUCCUUGUGACAGUUUCAGAUGUAAUAUGGUUUCACCAACCAAAAGAAUGUAUGAUAAUAGAGGAAGACGAGGGUGUCUUUUUUUUCUUUUUAAAUUUAUUUCCAUGGUGGUUGUAAGAGAUGAAUUACCAAAUAGAUAAAGAUUUGUUAGCUUGUGUUUA